GCUUGGUGCUGCCAUGCGAUCCCGUCGAGUACAUGUAGCCGUCAACUGGCAGGGGCAACCAGCGCCGGCAGCGGGGCCGCCGAGGAUCUGACAGAGUUCAGAGCCACAUAUGACACACUCUGCGAGUACCCGAUGCCACGAGAAUGACAGCAAACUCUGGUGUCGAUUUGUCACAGCCCAUGAAGAGGGUGCAAAUAUUGCAGCGACGCAGCUCUCUAGCGUGCGAUCUACCAGGCUUCGAUUCAAGCUGUUGCGGGCCGCAUAUCUUAAGUUACAUUAUUUUUGCAGCGGGCACGGCCGCACGCCGAAGAUGGCUGUGCAUACUUGCACGGCGCGUGGAUUCUGCUGCGUCGUGAGCCACGUGCAACGCUAUAGACAUGCGCUGCAGUGUGUCUGGCAUAGAACCGCAAAGCUUGCCAACGCCUCAGGACAUGACGUCCUUGCUUAGCACUACCUGUGUCGAUGUGUGAAUUACGCUUCCAUGCCAACACACGACGACGCGUGUGUACGCGAGCAAUCGACUCUUUCGCCUGCUGCUGCAGUUGCCGAUGACGAAAGUCGAGCGGGACAACGUCGCAGCCAGUUCUUCGUGGUUGAAAUUACCAUUCGACACCGAUGCAUCUGAAUAAACCAUUGGCAAGGUUCGACACGCGAACCUCACGUCGAAGAUCACUCAGCUCAAGGUAGACUCGUUGCUCACCCGCAUAUACAUGUUAUAUUCUGUGCAUGCAGCAUACCCAAGGAGGCAUUCAUGUGCGCACUGUGCUGUCCAAGUGAGAGGCAUCGUGUCCAUGCGUGCAUACGAAGCUGCGACAGCGCGGCUGGAUGAUGCUAACGAGCUCUCAUUGCGAAAACUAUGUGCCAGCGAUCUACCGCUGGGCAUUAAUAUUCUUUGCUGCAGCUAGGGCCAAACUGAAUGAUAGCUGCCCAAAGCCUGCGAGAUACAUCAAAUACUUAGCUUCAAUGACCUAACAUAGUCGACGAGCCGUUCGCAAAUUGAGGCACCUACCCGACAGUACUCCAACGACUGUAGAGGGCAGGGUACCGUGAUGUAUCCCUAUGGGACUCACGACGAUGACACGGUUGUUGACAAGCUCCAAAGCACGGAGGAUGGUUGGUGAGUCGGAGAGACUCCCUGUAAGGAUCGAAAGGACACAAGUUUUAGGACACUCUGAAGGCUCAAAUAAAUUGAAACGCGUGCCAAACGUACCAACCCAACACAGCACGAUGAUCUCGUUCUCCUUGGCAUUGAGCAACCAGUCAAGGAUGACACCUUCGUGGUUGGAAUCGUGCGUGAUGAGUGAGAUCUCUUCAUCUACCGCCAAGUCCUGCACCUCCCGCAGCAACUCGGCCUUGAAACAGCCCACCCUGUCCACGAGCUCCUCGUAAAGCUGCAGGGCCCGUGAAUCAACAGAACCUCUGUAAUUCCGUCGCAAGAUCGGUGCAAGAAAUCCGUUGCUGUAUCAGAGUCGAGUGUGGUUUCUGCAGCCCUGAGCAGACUAUUUUCCGCAGGCGGGGAAGAGUUUUCGGUGCUUGUAGCGACAGGACCAGAAGGAGUAGCAUUGACACUAAUACCAUCCGAAAUUGACGUUUCGGUAUUGCCUGGCGCCAUUUCGGGGUCCAAAUUGCGCACAGGACUUGUCGGUGGCUCAGACACCGCGUCAUAUGCUCCUUCCGAUAGACCCCAUGACCUUCGCGCAUACCGUUUGUGCUCGUAGCCGGAGAAGUACUGACGAACCUGAGGCGGCAAACUGUAGCAGCCUCGCAUGUGCUUACACCAGCGCUCCUUGCUCCUAGUGGUGAACACUUUGUUGCAGUGGCGGCAUCGCGUCGUACGCGCCUUGCCCUUGCCGUCGUGAACUACGUGCUCAUCGAUGGAACUCAUUUAUCUGUUUCCUUUGCGUAAACUUUAGGUAUACCACACUAUCGAUACACCAUUGUUACAAUUAAAAAAGAUCCGCAC